AUGACCGAUCCAAUCAAAGCUCAAAACUGGGUUCAACAGCGAGUUCAACCCUACCAUUCUCGGACCAGGAUUACUUGCAUCACUGUGGGGAAUGAGGUCUUCAAAUAUAAUGAUCAUCAGCAGUGGUCUAAUCUCCUCCCAGCAAUGCAAACAGUUUAUAAUACUCUCGUCGAUCUCGGCCUCGAUAAACAAGUCAAGUGGCCGUUCUUGAUCAAUGCGUAUCCGUAUUUCGCGUACAAGGAUAACCCGAAUGAGGUGCCAUUAGACUGUGUGCUCUUCCAACCUAAUCAAGGGACAAUGGAUCCUUUUACCAAUUUGAAAUAUGAUAAUAUGUUGUACGCUCAAGUUGAUGCUGUUUAUUCGGCAAUAAAAGCAAUGGGGCAUACGGAUAUUGAAGUCCGGGUUUCCGAGACAGGCUGGCCUUUCAAAGGGGAUGAAAAUGAAGUAGGGGCUACACCGGAGAAUGCAGGAUUGUAUAAUGGCAAUCUGUUGAAAAGGAUAGAACAGAGACAAGGUACACCGGCAAAACCGAAUGUCCCGAUUGACAUAUAUGUUUUUGCUCUUUUCAAUGAGAAUCUAAAGCCUGGUCCAGCAUCCGAGAGGAACUACGGUCUCUUCUAUCCAGAUGGUACGUCGGUUUAUAGCAUCGGAGUUCAGGGUUAUCUUCCGGAGUUGAUAUAUUCAUCAGCUAGAAUUCUUAUUCUGCAGUCUUCUGAUCUUGGCUAUGGCAUGCUUAAUCUCUCUUGA